AUGGACUCAGUCCUAUCAAAUUCUCAGGGAGCUCGCUCCCAAUCUCAGAUCCCAUCGGAUCAAAUCACUUCGGAUGUCAGCAGUGCCAAAACUGCAGACACAUCGAAAAACCCGAUCACCUCGCCAACUGGCAGCAGCCAAACUGCUAGUAGAUCGAGCGUCCUGAUCGAUCCGGUUAUCACCUCCGCGGCAGCGAACUCGAAUGUUCCAGCCCGCGUGAAACCAUCGGUGAUCAACCUCGUCACUCCUGUGAUAGCCGAGAACUCGAUUCUACCGAAUCAGAUCUCGCACGCAAUUGAGAAACCUCAUUUGCGGAUUCGGGUCAAAUCUAAAGAUUUCCCGAUUACCUCGACACCGAUCAGUCGGAAAUCUCCGACGCAAACUGUGUCAACAUCGUUUGCCUUGGCUCGACCGAAUCCGGACGACCAAGCCCGAAUCAAGCGAAUGCUCACCGACCUGAUUAACAGUCAAUACGACCAAAAAAUCAGCUCGUCGAAACGGGAUGAGGCGCCACUGCGUGCUCAUGUCUUCCAGACUCUCGUCCCACCGAUGAGCUCGCCAAUGAGCAGCUUGAACAUUCCAGAUUCAAGCAAAUCGGAGAUAGGAUCUCAGCCAACAGAGCGACUUCCAUCUCCACCUCCAAAGCUAUCACGUAUCGAGCCAACUAUAUUUAGAUGGCCCGAAACUAUGGCUUCCAACUCAAGCUUGCAGGCGAUGUCUCAGCUCAAAAAUCAGUCCGAUGAAAUUUUGAGCUCGCAGCUCCCUGCAACAGCUCGAACUGUUGUUAACGGAAACUAUCAACAGUUUCCCGCAACAAAUGAUCUAGUCGAUCGAGCUCAAUUUCAUAGAGCAAACGAUCCGACAGAUCUAGCUCGAUUGACAAAAGCAAACAGCUCGUCAAAUCAAGCUCUAUCCCAUCCGAUUUCAACUAACCGGAUUCCUGUCGAUCCGCGAAACCUUUUGGACCGCGAAUCUUUCGAAAGGUUCCAGGUCCAAACAAACCUCGCAUUCUGGCAAGCGAACUCAACGUUUAACCAAACAAUGAGUUUGAUUCCAGAUAUCGACAAAUUUUCUCCCGAAGAGAUAGAAGCAGCUUGCUGCCAACUCUUUGUUGAAAACCUAGCCGGACCAGCUAAAAAAUGGUUUGAAACGCUGGACGAAAAAUCAAUAGAUAAUUUCGACCAGCUGAUUUCGGCAUUCGUAAACCAAUAUUCGAUCUUCAUCGAAUCAGAAGUUUCGGAAGCCGAUCUCUGGAAGCUUCCUCAAGCUCCAAACGAAUCACUUCGAUCCUACGUCAAUAGAUUCAAAGCAAUCAUUGCUAAGAUCGAAAACCCUAACGAGGCAGUAGCUCUACUAGCCUUCCGAACAACCUGUGUUCUCAAACCGAACCCGAGUUCCGAUUUAGAGAAGUUCUGCGAACAUCACCAAAUCUACGGCCAUUCCACCGACGAAUGCCGAGCCAGAGCUAAGGAAUUAGCUAAAAAGCGGAGAGCUGAGGCAAAAAUGGAAAAAGCCAAUCAGCCCUCAUCGAACGAUAACGACAAAGCACCCCGAAAAAGGGAACGCGAGAUCGGAAUCAUCUCCCAAGAAUCACCUCUUUCACAUAAGAAGCGAUUCGACUCGACCCGUGUUCAGAGAGCUCAGCUCACGCCGCAGCUCAAUGACCCUCGCGGUCACCCGCCCGCCCGCACCAAAAGAUAG